AUGAAAUUCUCGAUCCCUGAGAUUUCGUGGCACAAUAGGGAUCCUGUAUUAAGUGUUGAUUUUCAACCUAAACGCGAGGCCAAUGAUCCUUUGAGACUUGCUACUGGCGGAACCGACUCUCAUGUUUUGAUAUGGUAUAUAUCAGUAAUGAACACUGGCUCCGUUGAUUUAGAAGUAGCGGCUGAUUUGACACGCCACCAGAAAGCAGUUAAUGUAGUGAGGUGGUCACCAGAUGGCAAGCUUCUAGCAUCUGGCGAUGAUGAGUCUAUUAUUUUUGUUUGGAAACAGAAGACUGAAGAGUUAGUUCCGGUUCAAGAGCAAGGCGAGGAACAAUACAAGGAAACAUGGGUAAUCCACAAAACUCUAAGAGGACAUAUGGAAGAUGUGCUUGACAUAAGUUGGAGUUCCGACUCAGCUCACCUUGCAUCUGGUUCAGUGGACAAUAAACUACUACUGUGGGAUGUCUCCAAAGGACGAUAUAGCUGCAUAUUGUCAGACCACAAGGGUUUUGUACAAGGAGUGUCAUGGGAUCCCAAAGGGCAGUAUAUUGCAUCUGCUAGUAGUGAUAGAACCUUCCGUACAUUUGAUGUGGCCACAAAGAAAGUUGUAUCAAGAAGCAGCAAAGCAGUGCUACCAUUUCCAAAAGAUCAUGCACUUUAUGACUUAAAGGUGCGAUUGUACCAUGAUGACACUUUGCAAACUUUUUACCGAAGACUGCAAUUCAGUCCUGAUGGCCUCUUCAUUGCAGUGCCUGCAGGUCGCAUCGAACCAGAGCAAGGAAAACUAGAUGUGAAGCCGAUCAAUGCAGUUUAUAUAUACACAAGAUAUUCAUUAAAAGUUCCAGCAUGCGUGGUGCCUUGUGGCGAGCCGGCGCUGGCGGUGCGCUGGUGCGCGGCGCGGCUGGCGCUCAGAGCGGGGGGCCCGGCGCCCGCGCUGCAGCCCCGCCACCGCCACCUGCUCGCCGUCGCCACCAAGCGCUCCGUGCUGCUGUACGACACGCAGCAGCGCACGCCCAUAGCACUCAUCUCCAACAUACACUACACCAGACUGACAGAUUUGACGUGGUCGCCGGACGGUCGAGUGCUGGUAGCUUCCAGCACAGACGGCUUCUGCUCGGUUAUUUCUUUCGCGGAGGGGGAGCUCGGGGAACUUCUGCCACAAGAAACCACAUCAGAACAAACCACAACAGAACCAACGGAAAACCAAAAUGAUGAGCAACAAGGAAACAUUGACAAAGACAGCAAAACCGAGGAAGUGAAAACUCCGAGCAAUACGCCGAAGAUCGAUUCGUUUAUAAAGUUCAAAGCACCCCCAGUCGAGAAAUCUCCCAAAAGACAGAAAACUGACAAAACUCAACAAAAAACACCCGUCAAGAAAGAUGUACUCGAUGAAACGGCUAUGUCCUCUUGGUCUGACAAUUCCAAUAAUGAAAUUAUAAAACCUAAGGAAAGUGAACCUAUGGAUGUGGACAGUGAAAAUAAUGAAGCAGGGGUAACGGUUAUUGAAGAUAGUGAAGAUAUGAAGCUGGUUUAUGAAGACACGCAAGGGAACAAAUCACAGAGUCCAAAUCAAAAGCAAUCGAGUGAUAAGAAAUCUCCAGAAAAGAAAACUGAAACCUUACCUCCAACACUGACGAACACUUCGACGAGCUUAACUAAGCCUAACGAAAGCAAUAACUUUUUAAAACAGGCAAAGGUGACAGAUGUGAAGGAACCGGUCACAAUGAAAACUGUUCAGAGCCCAAAAGCACCGCGGCGAGUUAGUUUUGUGACGCUCUCUAGCCCUAAGAAUAAGAAAACUUGUUAA